UGACCCUGUUCUGUUCCAUAAAUGAAAAGUUCGACACAAUUUGAGAUUUUUUUUCGAAAUCAGAUGCGAUCACCUACCACCAAUCAAAGAUUUAGCUAAGUUACGCUCCAUCAUCAUUCCGUUAUAAUAUAAGUAUUCAUCUACACGAACCACAAUUUCUCAAACAAAAAUAAAAGAAUUCGAUUCCCACAAACAUCAAUCAAACUCAAACAUCACCAACCCAUAUCAACACAUACCUCCCUCAAACACAAAAUCCCCAAAGCCACCAUCCAUGGAAGAAGCCCUCACCUGCAAAAAAUGCAAGCAAACAUCCUCCCUCCCUCCCUCCGCCCAGCGCAUCCGCUGCCUCGGCUGCCAAACCCUCCUCUCCCUCUCCACCACCGCCGACGCCGCCCGCUCCACCACCCAAGAACUCCGCCUCGACCUCUCCAAGAAAAAAACCGAAGCAAAGGACCUCUGCAGCAGCCUCCGCCGCAAACUCCCCUUCUCCACCACCACGCCGCCGCUGCCGCCGCAAAACACCCCUUUCGCCUCCCUCCACAGCGAGCCCCGCCCGGGGAGGCGGGCGCUCCUCUGCGGAGUGAGCUACAAGAAGCAGAAGCACGAGCUCAAGGGCACCGCGCUCGACGUGAAGAAGAUGAAGCUGCUCCUCGAGAGCUUCCGCUUCCCGCAGGAAUCCGUCCUCGUUCUCAUGGAGGAAGGCGGGUUUCUUCCUCCGACGAGGGAGAACAUCGAGGAGGGACUCCGGUGGCUGGUGAGGGGGAUCCGGCCCGGGGAUUCCCUCGUGUUUUUCUUCUCCGGCCACGGGAAGAGGCAGCGGGAGGAGGUGGCCGGGGAUGAGAUCGACGGAUUUGACGAGACGAUCUGCCCCGUCGAUUUCGAGGAGAAAGGGAUGAUCGUUGAUAACUUCAUCAACCGCACCAUCGUUAGGCCGCUCGUGCCAGGUGUCACGCUUCACGCCAUCAUCGAGUCUUGCCACAGUGGAACUAUUCUCGACUUACCCCACGUUUGCAACGCCAGGGGAGAAUGGGAAGAUAAUAGUCCACCUUCUGGAGCUUAUAAAGGAACAAAAGGAGGAAAGGCCAUUUGUUUCAGUGCUUGUGAAGAUUAUCAACUAGCUGCAGAUACCACACUUUUAUCAUCAGAUAGGGAAAUGACUGGUGCCAUGACCAUCACAUUCAUAAAGGCAAUCAAAGAAUCACAAGAGAGAAAAGAGAAGAUAAGUUACAAGGGUAUCAUGGAUUCUAUGCAUAAUAGCAUCAAGGAAGCCGGUAAAUCGGGAGGCAUCUUUGCUGGGAUACGCCGGAGAUUCCACCGGAGAAUCUUGCAGGAUCCAUUGUUGUCAUCUACUGAAGAAUUCGACACUAGCUCAGAGUUCAAUCUGUGAUAAUCAAUUUAAAAUAAAAUACUUAUCACAUUUUCUUUGAUAAUAUUUAUAGUAAUUAACAUUCAUAUAAGCUAAUGUAUGGACACAUACAUUGCCAUGGUAUAUUUAAAAAUUUUAAGUAGUUUUUAUGUCAAAAGAUUUCAUAUUUUCAUAUAUAAAUCGCACCUUCCCUAGAGAUGUCAGAUUGUAAUACUCUUACAUGAAUCACAAAGAUUUUUAGUUGUU